GCGAUUCUUUCUUGUCUUGGGAUUCAUGGUCAAAUGGCUGGGUGGAAUUGUGUGAAAAAAUUACUCAGAUGUGUAGAAUGAUUCGGUGGUGAUGCUGGGCAUUGUAUUUUUUUCAUAGCUCCCAUGGUUACUGAGAUAAUCUACUAUAAUAAUACUCUUGUGUUCAUGAAUGAGAAAGGAAGGGGUGAUGUCAUACUUGGUAGUGGGAUGAUGAAAAUUGUACGCUGAAAAAAUAAAUCAAACAGCGUUUCAACUCUGUGUGAAUAUAUGUGUGCGUAUGUAAAAGGGGGAGUAUAUGAAUGUGUGUGUAUUUGUGUGUGUGUGUGUGUAUAUGUGUGCAUGUGCAAUGGAAGUGGGAUGGUUCAUCUUUGUUCGCUUAGUAUUUGGGUUUAUUGUUUGAUUUGGUUGAAUCUUGGUUGGGUUUUUUUUGUUGGUCAGAUAUUUUUAGCGUUUUGACAGAAAAAAAGUCAUUCUAAAAUUGUUUUUUAGCGUAAGAGUGCCCAAACAAGUUGAAUGUUUACACAGAGCAGGUUUUACAGCCACAUCAUCCAAACCGACCGGGUGAAACUGGGCUUAGCUGCUAGUACACACACACACACACAUAUAUAUAUAUAUAGUUCUCUAUAUAAGGAAAUGAUAAAAAAAUAUAUGAUAAAUAAAUAAAUUUUUAAAAAGAAUUAAGUAUAUACGGUGUACAAUGAAAAUGAAGGGAAAUAUAUAUGGUAUAUGAAAGUAAAAAAGAAAGGAUAGUGAUGUAGUCCUCGUAAUACAGGAGGACCCCCUAGGGCCAAUUAAGGAACACCACCGUCCAAGAUAUUCCUGAACACCAAAGGCCAAGUACCCUCUCCAACUCCUUUCCUGCGAUUCACAAGUCUACAGUUAGAGAAGUACCACCCACUCUUACUAUUUUUGCAACUCUUACCCACCCUUCAGUAAAUUCAUUCGAGGACAACACCACGCACUCCAACCUCAAUUUCCUUGUCAAAGGAAACUUGAAAAAAAUCGAUGAGAGAUCUACGAAAGGGGAAUGCCUUUAUCCGCAUGCCUUUCAACCUCGUCCACCAGACAAUCUCUUUCGCCACAGCCAUCAGGUAAAGGAAAAACUGCUUUACCUGCCCAAAUAAAGGAAGGUGGUGGGGCAAUCAUCACUUUGAACUCGACCGAUAGAUGGAUCUAUCCCAUCCACGACAGCAGCUGUUUGACAUAAACCCACAAGUCAGCAAUGCUUGGGCAGAAUGGUUUCGUUGCUCUGCGUGCACCUCGAAAAACCCGUCUGACAACAUGUCUGUGCCUGUAGAGUAGCACCCCACCCCACUCCGGUAGCACUGUCAAGCCAAAGACAUCAGGAAAUUGUCCAUGAUAGUUCCCGACCGGAAAGUCCUCAGGAACAGACGAGCCAGUUCAUUUUCGUUGACUCCAUGAGUCUCCCCGAGAACUUCGUCACACUUUACCGCCACCCAGGGGUUGUUAGCAGGAGACUGACCGCCUGACCAUUGGAAUGAGUCUCUUCCACAAGAAAUUAAAUAAGACACGCUCAAUAAUAAUAAUAAUAAUAAUGGAUUCUCCAGUCAGAGACGACGUAGAGCGUUCGGUUUUUGUAAACAACCUGCACAAACGAUUUGUUUAUAGUGAUCAAAUAUGUGUGCUGUACAUUAACUCACUCUCUCCAUCAAAUCGACAUUACCUGUAAAGAUGCACAGGUGUGUUACACGUCAGGUGUCGAAAUAGUCGCAGAGCAGCGUGAAAUGGAGUGUUUUGCUCCAGAACACAACACACUGCUCGGUUUAGGAAACGAACGCACAAUCUAGAGAUCAUGAGGGCUAAUAAGGAUUACCUAUUUUCAAUAAUUUGUUUAUUAACUUUCAAUCAUUGGGAAUAAUCGAUUAGUUUUGUACAUUAUCGUUGGAGUUAUUUUAAUAAUGAAUAAUGUGGCAAAAGGAAGGAGGAAAAUAAGGAGGAAGAAGGGAUUGGGGGAGAAGGAGGAGAAAAAACGACGAAGAAGGGGACAGGGGUGGAGAUGGUGGAGACAUGGAAAAGGAGGAGGAGAAAAGAUGAAGAAAGGAGAAGAGGGGAAUGGUGGAGGUAGUGGAGAAAACGAAAAAGGAGGAGGAGAUGACGAAGAAGAAAAAUAAGAAGGAAGAAGAGAUGACAAGAAGAAAAGGGAGAGAGGAAGAAGGGGAAAGGAGGAGUGGAGGUGGUGGAGAAGAACACCAGAAAAGGUGGUGGAGGAGGAGGAGGAACAUGAGAAAGAAGGUUUCUGUUUUGAAUCAUGUCAGCAUCAAGUCAAGAUGAGGAAGGAAAUAAAGAGCUGCUAUCAGAACACGAUGAGGAAAAAGAAGACAAAGUAGAUGGCUCUCCGACAGAAGUUACAGAGGGUGCCAUCCAACCUGAGGAAGAAGAAAAUGGCCUGGUUACUGCAGAGGAGGCACCUGAAACAGAUGUUGUCGUGAAGAAAUCUGCAGAAGAUGUUGCUACAGAGGAAGACACAGAAGAAACCACAGAGUCGUCUACAGAUGGAGACAUUAAGCGCACGUCUGUGGACAUUGUACAAAAGUCCACUGAAGAUGUCACAGAGAAGACUAAGGAAGAAAAGGUCGUGGACAAACCGGAAGGUUUUGUUGUGGAAUCUCCCAAGGAUGUUGGGCAAAAGACUGACGAAAAAGGCAAUGGAUUAUUUCCACGGGAAUUACUCCUGAGCUCAGCAACAGUGACACCUGAAAUUGAAGACAUUCCACAAGCAAGUUCCGAAGCUAUGAAAUUCUUCAGUUCAAUUACUGAGAAAGAUUUACAAAGGAUGGUGUUUAAUGACAGCCUCGUUACCACAUCUGACGAGGGAGACUUGGGCGAGUUUCUGAUAUCCAUAGAAAAAUGCACUUUCCAGGAAGAAGAAUGUUUUAGUAUCUCAGCGAAGAGUGUUGGCAGCAUUGAAGGGAUUCUCUGUGGUACGUCCCUUGUAGCCUAUGUCGAUAUGAAACUACAGACAAUAGAACAAAGACACCAUGAGUAUGUUGAGUUGAACAAUUGUCCUCUUGACCGGAAAACCCUAAUUACACAAAAAAAUGGGCUUUACAUGUUCACCAAAACUAUUUCUGAAGGAGAGACAACUCAUCAAGUCCAGAAAGCAUGGAAUAUCAAAGAUUUACCAAUUUUAAUGUUAGAAGGUGCCAACACUUUGUUUUUGCGGUUAUUGAUUACAAAGGGAACUGUCUUGAAAGAUUUUCUUGUGCCAACACUUGAUUCUGAUGGUUGUCUCUGCAACAGUAAAUAUAAAAACCUUGAGAUGAAGAACAUUCUUAUCAACAAGGAAGAUGUUACUGCAUUUGGUCUGCAAAGGACAGUCUACUCCAAGAUGGAUUCUCCAAUAUCAUGGAAAUACCAUUUCAUGGAUGAUGGGCAUCUACUUAGUCGUACACAACUUGAUUCACAUGUGAGAAUGAGGGUCACUACUUUACCGAUCCGUAUAUUAUCACACUCAGAGAAAUCGACUUAAGUUUAAAUUAAAAAA